GACAGUUACUAGUGUUCAACAAAUCGUGCAAUUUACUAAAAUUCACCAUAAUAUGUGUGGAUCUUUCAGUUAAAAGCACAGAAACACAUCUUAGAACAAAAGGCGAAACGCGGGAAAAAUAAUGAGAAAACGAGACCAAUAAAUCAAUACAUUUUAGACAUGAACUAAUAAAACUUAAACUAACAUUUAUCUCUAUAAAAGGAUUCGGGUCCUGGGGCUUCGGUUAGUUAGUGGGUUUAAGAUGGAACCUUUUUGAGGCAGGUAUAGUGAGUGUCUGAAUGAUGGUGGUAGGUGAGACAACACCCCAAGAGGACCACCACCACUAUACCACCACCAUCCUCUCAUAAACAGAUGGCUGCUUCUCGUAGUCAAGGACAUAUUCCAGUGCCUCAUGUAUAAGAAACCACGCCCUUACUUACGGUGAGACACUAUGCUGAUACGAUAAGGCUGAAAAAAGGACCAAGUGAUGGCGUGCUCGAUCUACCACAAAGAUGAGGCGGGGUGCCUGAAAAUGACAGCCUUAUAUGCCUGGGGGGCCAAUAGCCAUGGGCAGCUAGGCCUGGGCUUUGUCAGUGAGCAGGUGACGAUGCCCACACGUGUAGAGGACCUCCCUGAUAACAUAAGUGAACCUUCCAUACGUGUUGCUGUUGGUGGGGGUGGUCAUACUUUCCUACUCACUGCUCAGGGACGAUUAUUUGGUGCUGGCUGGAAUACCAGUGGGCAGGUUGGUGAUGGGACUCAAGUGCGUGCUGUGCCAGGUUUCCAACUCAUUCGAGGGCUGGAGGGCCAUCGCAUGAUUGGAGUUGCAUGUGGAUGGGCUCACUCUAUUGCCCUGAGCCAGUCUGGACAAGUCUGGGUUUGGGGAUCAAAUAGUCAUGGCCAACUGGGGCUUCCAAAGGAUGAGGUGCCUUUCACAAGCCUUCCAAUCUGCCUGGAUUUGACCAAUGUGGUGAGUGUGUCUGCUGGACUGCGUCACACUGCUGUAGCCACACGGGAUGGGAGAGCUUACACCUGGGGUCAUGGUCAUCGUGGACAGCUUGGACACAUUGACAGUGAAGGACAGUUGGUGAAACUACAGCCUACCCCAAGAGUUGUGGACCACAUUGAGGGGAAGGUGUUAAGUGUUUCCUGUGGACAGAACACAACAUAUGCUCUUACAGCAGAGGGUCAAGUUCUGGCUUGGGGAGAUAACAAAUGGGGACAGCUUGCACAUGACCCAAGGAAUGUAGCCUACUUCACGUGCCCUCUGACAAUCCCUCAUAACUACUUUGGUGGUGAGCGUGUAACAUGGCUGCGAGCUGGAUGGACUCACUGUGUGGCUGGUGUGACAUCCGGUGCUGUAUAUGUGUGGGGCAGGGCAGACUAUGGACAGCUUGGACCAUCAGAGGACGAGAAAGAGGAUUCUAGCUCAGAUACCGCCGCCAGUGAAGUUCUUCGGAAACGCUGCAGAUAUAUCCCAAAUUGCUUGACCCUUAACAAGAGUAUACGAAGUGUGGCAUGUGGAUCAGAGCAUAAUCUUGCCAUAAUUGGAAAUAGUGGUGAAGAUGGUUUGCUAUACUCCUGGGGAUGGAAUGAACAUGGCAAUUGUGGAGAUGGUACGACAACCAACAUUCAUCGUCCAACAAGAGUUCCACUUCCAGGAAACCUACAGAUCAUAGGAGCUGGCUCAGGACACUCAUUUGCACUUGUUAAGCUUUUUUAAUGUUUGUAUUUUCUGCAAAAAAAAGAGCCUUUAGAUAUACUCGGAUGAAAAUUUUGAGUGUUUUUUGUGAUGGGUGUGUUGAUGUGGUGACUGUGAGGCUUUAUCUCAAGCUGAUGAGGCAAGUGUGGAUUCUUAAUUGCUCUAAACCCGGUUUACUAUAUUCAAGUUUGGAAAUUUGCUGGCUAGGGUCUGUUGUGUGCUCUGAGAACCUUGCUUUAGCAUCAAUCAUAGUACAGUAAAUACUGAAUGCUUGGUUCAUUUGUUUGUAAAUGUAGAUACAUGAUGACAAAUCAUUAUUUUCAUCCAGUUUGGUUUUAACUGGUACUUUAUUUAAUCAAGAAUGGACUGAAGGUUUUGUAUCAUUAUUCAAUAGAUUAUAGAUUUGGCCGAGCAGGUCCUGGAUGAUUUGAUAUAUCACUGAGCAAUUAUGGUGUAUAUAAGACCAGAAGUCUUUCUCACAGUAUUAAAACAAGGGCAAUGGAGAAAUAUUUCAGCAUUAUUCAUAUAUUCAGACAUAGUUCUCAUUAUAUGUACAUAUGUUUCAUCAGUUGUAAGAACUUGUCCUGCACUGGAAUACCUUUAAAAUGUAAGCAAACUGUAAACAUGAUUAAAAAUUGUACAUUAGUAUUCUCAUGCAUCAAUUCUCUUUCAUUCAUCAUAACAUAGAAGGGAAAUGAUUUUUCUUGAAGGAAUCUCUUCAUUUGUAUUGACAAUUUUAAACUUACUCAGGUCUUAAUGAAACUUUUAUUAAUAUAUUACCGUUUUAAAUCAAAUCGGCAGUGAAGGGAAAAGUGUGGGAUCCGAUAGGAAUUUGCGGUAAACAAUCACUUACGCAGUAUUUAAUUUAACGUAAAGGUUGACCAGUUUGAUAAGCUGUAUGAAAGCAUAUUAGAAAUCUUAAGGAAAAUAUUGAUGCUUUUUCAUUAUGCGUUUUCAUAAAUACGGUUACGUAGAUAAUAUUUAUAAAUUUUGGAAUUAUGUUGGUAGUUUUUAUAUUUUUAUUAUUUAUCUAAUAGCAUAAACUUUGUUUGCUGUACCUUCUCUUUGUCAAUGCUUUGUGUGUGUGUGUGUGUGUGCGCGAGAUGCAAAUAAUAUUUCAUUCUCCCCGCUUAUCACUCAUUUUGUUUGUAAAGUAAUAUGGACCAUUCACAACCUGGGUUUUUUCCCUACCAUUGUUUGUAGGCUCUUCAGAUAAACUGUACAGUAAUCCCUCUGUAAUUAAACAUUUCUGAAUUUUUCCUAUUUUGAAACUUUUUGAUGGUUCUGAAAAUUUUUACAGAAAUAUUAAAAAUUUUUUUAAUAUGUACUGACAGGUACUCCAAAUUGGAAGAAAUACUGUAUGUAUUCUAUAAAAUAAAUGACCUAUUGUGCCCAAUCUGUAACCAUUCCAAAAGUUACUUCUUUGAUAAUCUAUAACUUUAGUAAUUUUCAUCAUAUUGUCAUUAAUGUGUGAUAGAAAUACAACAUGUAUUUGCAGUAUAUUGUACAUAGGUAUACCUCCAUUCACGUGUGAAUACUUGUGCUACAGUACAUAUUCGUUUGUGAACGCAUGUUUCACCAACUCCUGACUACAGUAGUUUGAAGCCCAGCCAACAUUGUGCUCUUGUGAUUUGUUGUUCAAAGUUGUCAUCAAAUGUUCCUUCAUUUUGUGAUAUACUGUAUGUGAUUUAUAUACUUUUAUACGGUGAUUUACUUGUUGCAUUAUGAAGCACUGUAUUUGCCAAAUUCUACCUGAUGCAGAAUCAUCCCAAAUUCAAAAGGCUUGAGCCCCAAUUAUGCCAAAAUGCAGAAGGAUUACUGUACCGAACUUGUAUUUAAUUCUUAAAUCAGUUAAGCAAGGGGCGAAUCCUCUUAAUGUCUUUUUAUCAUUGCAAUUAUGUUUGUCUCUUCCUGCAGUCAAAGUAGGGUGAUUCAUGUAAAGGCUUGCCUACCACUAAUUGAACUGACCAUUCCUCUCCUUCAAGUAUAAAAAGAACUGACAUCAGUGUUCUGAGAAUAUGCUGAAGAAUUAUUGUUGUUGGUUUGGCAGUCAAGUAAGUGAAGCAAUUAUCAUUUUACUUACACUAUUAAAUACAAAUAAGUGAUUGUAUUAUGGCUUUCCUUUUAUUUUUUAAAUAAUUCACUAUUCAUUUUACAGUAUUCAUUAACCUCUUGUUUGAAGGCAGUUUUCAUUAGAAAUUAAUUUGGAAGUAAUAUCCAUUUGAUAAGACAUAUUAAGCAUUAUUUUUAUUUAGCUCUUAUCUAAAUUUAGUUGUCUUGUACGUAUAUUGAGUGGGUCAAGGGUUCCAGAAACCUCAAGUACAGUAAACGUAAGGGGGAAAUAGUGUAAGAUGAAUGUAAAAAGUAACCAGAAGGCAAGGUUUGGUACAGAAUAGGGUGAGGGUCGUAUGUUAACAAAAUUGUAUGAGCAAAGUUAACUUCUUAUGAGAGGUUCACGUACCUUGAGAAUUUAUGCAUCCUCCUAUAAUACAAGAUUUUAAGCAAAUCUAGAUAUUAUUAAAGUGAGCUGAGCUUUCACAUUGAAAAUGCAGUAUACUAAUGCAAUUUACAAUAUAAAUGAGUAAAUUUACCUUGUUAAUACUGUGGAUUUAAUAGUGGAUGAUGAUGGUCAAAGCAGUGGGUGGCAGCUGGCCUUAGUGCCUUGAAAGUUUGUCUACUGGAACAAUUUGCACUUUAAACAAGUAAAAACUUUGAAGAUAGUAGAUGAUGGUGUUGGUGAUGCAAGUGGGUUGAGGUAGCACAACAGGCAGGCAUGAUGGUUGGCUGCAUCUCUGUGUAGGUAGAGAUGCACAGUGACUGCUACUGUUUCAGUUUCCCAAGUAGUGUGGUAUGUAUGCAUGUCCAAAGUGGCUGGUAGAAUAAUAAUUUUUCCACAACACUCAUAACAAAAAUUGCUUGGGCUUCUACAAAACCCUAUGUUUGUAGAAUGCUUAUGAAUUGUGAAGUAUUAAGUUGCACAUUUAUAGAGGGGAUCACUACUGUACUGUACUAUAAUUAUACAUUUGAUUACUUUUUUUCAGUUGGAGGGUUUUUAGAAAUGUCGUAAGUUGGAAAUUUAUAAAUUUAUUUCAUUGCUGACUGAAGCAUUUAGCUUAAAUACAUCCAGAAUAUGGUAUUUA